AUGCCGUCGAAAGUGAACGUCUGCUAUUUGGUCGGUGGAGCUGAUGUGCGAGAUGUUUAUUGCGCCGGCCUUGAUAUGUUCACUGAUGAAAUAGUAGUCAAUUUCAAUCUGUGGAUCCUUCAUGAUUGGACCGACGAACAGUGCAUGAAAUUGUUGAGGAAUUGUUGGAAAGCAUUGCCCGAAAAGGGGAAAAUGAUUGUGGUUGAGUGCAUUCUUCCAGUGGUGCCCAAUGAAGCUAUAGCAACAAAAGGUGGCUUCCAGAUUGAUCUUGCCAUGUUUGUUGUCACCCCUCGAGGAAAAGAGAGGAUGGAGAAUGAGUUUAAAUCAUUGGCAAAGGAGGCUGGCUUCUCUAAUUUCAAAUCCAUCUACAUAUUUGCAGGCAGUUGGGUUAUGGAAUUCAUCAAGUAG